CGGAGACUUCUCCCAUCUGACUAAACACAACGAUAAACAGCGCGUUCAGUCACUUCAUGUUCGUGUCUUGUGAGCUUUCAGAAGGACGAGCCGCUAUUUUUUAUUAUCAGCAACUGGAUACAUCACCAUCAGCACCAAAGGACGGACAUGGGCCAAGGCAGGAUCGUUUUUCUCUCAUAAAUAAGGUGCAGCUCUGACUGAUAUGGCGGUGUCACUGCGCUGCCACAGAGCAGUCCUAUUGGCUGUGGUCUUCUGUUUCCUGCCUUGCAUCAUUUCCUCCCUCAACCUGGAGGAUCCCAAUGUCUGCAGCCACUGGGAAAGUUACUCAGUGACAGUGCAAGAAUCAUACGCCCAUCCUUUUGAUCAAAUUUAUUACACAAGCUGCACCGACAUCAUCAACUGGUUCAAGUGCACCAGACACAGGGUGAGCUAUCGGACAGCAUAUCGUAGAGGAGAGAAGACCAUGUACCGGAGAAAGUCCCAGUGCUGUCCCGGCUUCUACGAGAGUGGAGAGAUCUGUGUUCCUCAUUGUGCAGAGAGCUGUGUUCACGGCCGUUGUAUAGCCCCUAACACCUGCCAGUGUGAGCCAGGCUGGGGAGGAUCCAACUGCUCCAGUGCUUGUGACAGUAGCCACUGGGGUUCCCACUGCAGUAACAGAUGUCAGUGCCAGAACAAAGCACUGUGUAAUCCAAUCACUGGAGCCUGUAUCUGCACCCCUGGAUAUAGAGGCUGGCGCUGUGAGGCUCAGUGUGAAGUGGGCACCUAUGGCAACGGAUGCCAGCAGAACUGCCAAUGCCAGAAUGGAGCCACCUGUCACCAUGUGACCGGAGAAUGCAAGUGCUCACCGGGAUACACUGGAGCUUUCUGUGAAGACCUGUGUCCUCCAGGUAAACAUGGGCAGCAGUGUGAGGAGAGAUGUCCAUGUCAGAAUGGAGGAGUGUGUCACCAUGUGACUGGAAAGUGCUCCUGUCCUGCAGGAUGGAUGGGUACAGUGUGUGGCCAGCCAUGUCCGGAGGGGAGAUUUGGACAAAACUGUUCGCAGGAAUGUCAGUGUCACAACAAUGGCAUCUGUGUGUCAUUUACUGGACAGUGUCUCUGCAGCCCUGGAUACACAGGAGAACGGUGCCAGCAUGAGUGUCCAGUUGGUACUUACGGUGCUGGCUGUGCUAAGAUGUGUCGCUGUAAGAACAACAGCAAAUGCUACCAUACCAAUGGAAUGUGUCUGUGUGAGCCAGGAUAUACAGGGGAGACAUGUGACAUCCGACUGUGCCCUGAAGAACACUAUGGCCUCCAGUGUGAUAGGAGGUGUCCAUGCAACAACCAGAACACACGCAGCUGCCACCCAGUGUCAGGGGAGUGUACAUGUCAGCCUGGUUGGUCAGGCCUCUACUGCAAUGAGACAUGCAGCCCAGGAUUUUAUGGCGAGUCCUGCCAGCAGGUGUGUCAGUGCCAAAAUGGUGCUGACUGCCACAGUGUGACUGGAGAGUGUGUCUGUGCUCCAGGCUUUACGGGUCGUAGCUGUUCAGUGCACUGCCCAGCAGGAACACAUGGAGUGAACUGCUCCUCCAGCUGUAACUGUAAGAACAAAGCUCAGUGUUCACCAAUGGAUGGAUCCUGUGCCUGUAAACCAGGGUGGCACGGGGUGGACUGCUCCAUUAACUGUCCCAGUGGUACCUGGGGUCUGGGCUGUAACCUCACCUGUAUGUGCGGGAAAGGUGGAGCCUGUAACGUGUUGGAUGGUCACUGUACCUGUGCUCCAGGCUGGAGAGGAGAGAGGUGUGAACUCCAUUGCCAGGAUGGUACCUAUGGUCUGGACUGUAAAGAACGCUGUGACUGCAGUCAUGCCGAUGGAUGUCACCACUCAACUGGUCACUGCCACUGUCUGGCUGGAUGGACAGGUAUCCACUGUGACAGUGUGUGUGCAGAGGGCCGCUGGGGCCCAAACUGCUCCCUCCCCUGUAACUGUAAGAAUGGAGCCUCUUGCUCUCCAGAUGAAGGAACCUGUGAGUGUGCUCCAGGAUACCGAGGUGCCACCUGUCAGAGGAUCUGCUCUCCAGGGUACUUUGGUCACCGCUGCAGUCAGACCUGUCCACAGUGUGUCCACAGUAAUGGACCUUGUCAUCACAUCACUGGGCAGUGUGACUGUCUGCCAGGCUUCAAGGGGACACUAUGCAAUGAGGUGUGUCCCAGUGGUCGUUUUGGGAAGAACUGUGCCUGGAGCUGCAGCUGCACCAACAAUGGCACCUGUAACCCCAUCGAUGGCUCCUGUCAGUGUUAUCCAGGAUGGAUUGGCAGCGACUGUUCCCAGCCAUGUCCACCUGGUCAGUGGGGACCCAACUGCAUCCAUACAUGUAAUUGUCACAAUGGAGCCUACUGCAGUGCUUAUGAUGGAGAGUGCAAGUGCACCGCAGGAUGGACCGGACUCUACUGCACACAACGCUGUCCAUUAGGUUUCUAUGGGAAGGAAUGUUCUCAGAUCUGCCAGUGUAGGAAUGGAGCUGACUGUGACCAUAUCUCUGGAGAGUGCACAUGUCGCACCGGCUUCAUGGGACGACACUGUGAACAAAAGUGCCUUCCUGGUUCAUAUGGUUAUGGCUGCCGUCAGGUCUGUGACUGUCUUAAUAACUCCACGUGUGAUCACAUGACUGGUACAUGUUACUGCAACCCAGGCUGGAAGGGGGCUCGUUGUGACCAAGCAGGUGUAGUGGUGGUGGGCAGCCUCAACAGUUUGACCACUGCUGCCAUGCAGGUGGACACCUACCAGAUUGGAGCCAUUGCAGGAAUCAUCAUCCUGGUGUUGCUGGUGCUCUUUCUCCUCCUCCUCUUCAUCAUUUACAGGAAAAAGCAGAAGGGCAAAGAGCCCACCAUGCCUUCUGUGACCUACACUCCUGCUAUGAGGGUCACUGCUGAGUACGCCAUUGCAGAUGCUCACCCACCUACGUGUGAGGCCAACCCCAGCAACUACUUCUCUAACCCAAGCUACCAUACUCUCACCCAGUGUAUCAGCUCCCCACAUGUUAACAAUGGUCCAUAUGGAAAGACCAAGAGCAACCAGCUGCUGGUGAGCUUGAAGAAUGGGGAUCACAGAAAGAGGGCUCCUGUAGUUGAUCACACUGGCACGCUGCCUGCAGACUGGAAACAAAGCAACUGUUUCAAUGAACUGGGAGCGUACGGAGUUGACAGAAGAUAUAUGGGGAAAUCCUUACGAGAUCUGGUGAAGGGUACACUCUAUCAUGCCAGCUCCUGUUCCCUCAGCUCUGAAAACCCAUAUGCUACGAUAAAGGACCCUCCCCUGCUGAUAGCCAAAAACACAGAUUGCGGCUAUGUUGAAAUGAAGUCACCAGCCAGACGGGAUUCACCGUAUGCUGAGAUCAGCAACAGCAGCUCCACCAGUCACCGGAAUGUCUAUGAAGUUGAGCCAACUGUAAGCAUCAUCCAGCCAACUGGAGACAGCAAUGGCCACCUACAGUUUGGUCAAGAUCCAUAUGAUCUUCCAAAAAACAGCCACAUCCCCUCUCACUACGACCUCCUGCCAGCCAGAGACAAUACAUCCUCAGACUACAAGGAGCUGGACGGUGAAUGAUGGCACAGUUUACACCUCUAGCACUUGAUAUUCCACAAACAGGCACACUUGAUUCCCACAACAUACUUAACCUGUUUUAUUGC